GUCGGCCGGCACAGAUUGAGGGAGAGAGAAGCGGCCGUUCCGCGCCCGCGCUGAAUAACAGUUUCAUGUUUACCUAGAUGACCAUGCAGCCUGCAAUUCAAGUGUGGUUUGGAGAGGAUCUGCCGCUCAGUCCACGGAGCCCUCUGACUCCCAGACACGGGCCAGGAUUGGCGGAUGUUUGCCAGUAUGAUGAGUGGAUAGCUGUGAGGCACGAAGCCACGCUGCUGCCCAUGCAGGAAGACCUGUCCAUCUGGCUGGCUGGUUUAUUAGGUUUUGAAAUCAAAGCGGAGAGAUUAUUGGAAGAACUUGAUAAUGGAGUAUUGUUAUGUCAGCUGAUCGACGUUCUUCAGAGGAUGGUGAGAACCUGCGGUUCUGCAGAAGCCGGGGAUUUCCCACUGAGAAAAGUGCCUUGUAAGAAAGAUGCCGCUUCGGGUUCAUUCUUCGCCAGGGACAACACUGCGAACUUCCUGCAGUGGUGCAGGGACAUCGGGGUAGAUGAGACCUACCUCUUUGAAUCUGAGGGUUUAGUUUUACACAAGGACCCAAGACAAGUGUAUCUUUGUCUCCUUGAAAUUGGCCGAAUUGUAUCAAGAUAUGGGAUUGAGCCACCAGUAUUAGUAAAACUUGAGAAAGAAAUUGAGCUAGAAGAGACCUUGCUUAACACUUCCGGGCCCGAGGAGUCCCUCAGCAUCCCCAAGUCCUGCUGUCAGCACGCAGGGCUGCACGAGGCCGUUAAACACAUUGCUGAAGACCCUCCUUGCAGCUGUUCGCAUCGAUUUUCUAUUGAGUACCUGUCUGAAGGACGCUACCGCCUCGGGGAUAAAGUGCUCUUCAUCAGGAUGCUGCACGGAAAGCACGUCAUGGUCCGCGUUGGUGGAGGCUGGGAUACGCUUCAAGGAUUUUUGCUUAAAUACGAUCCCUGUCGAAUACUACAGUUUGCUACACUGGAACAAAAAAUUCUAGCAUUUCAAAAAGGAGUUUCUAAUGAAAGUGUCCCCGAUUCCCCUGCCAGAACACCUCAGCCCCCUGAAAUGAAUCCUCUGUCAGCAGUUGAUAAGUUUCAGAGACAGAAUUUAAAGCCUGGGGCUCCGGCUGGUGUCCUGAGGGUGAAGGAAAAGCAGAUGCGUGCGCCAGGUGCAUCGAGUAUGCCAGGUGCGUCGGUUACGCCAGGUGCAUCGAGUACGCCAGGUGUGUCGGUUACGCCAGGUGCAUGGGUUCUGCCAGGUGCGUCGGUUGCGCCUGGUGCGCCGCUGUCCGCAGCACCCACCAGAGGGAAGGCAGGCUCUGCGUCCGUCCGUCCUAGAUUUCCAGAUACUCCAGCCGCAUCCUCUCAUCCCAAGCUCAAGUCUUCCAAGGGUGCAGUGAAGAAACCACAUUCUGCUUCCAACCAUGCAUCAUCCUCCGCUGUUCAUUUAACUCCAGGAGGCAAAAACUCUUGUUCGCUCGCUUUGUCGAGAACCAGCCCUGGUACCUCUGAGCCCUUGAGAAAAUGUGGCGCAGCCUCCAGGACCCCUAAGGCCAAGGCCGUGCUGACCCGGGACGCGGAUCUGCCCGCGUCGACGCUCUCGCCGAGUCGCUGUUCUAGGGAAGCACAGCCCAAGCCCCUGAAGCCCAGUCCCGCUUCCUGCAGGCCUGGUGCGCCUGUAGGCUCGCCAUCCAAGUGCCCUAAGCUGCCUAAAGCAGAUCUGUGCAGAAGGCCUAAGUCGCCUUUCCAGUCUCCUGCAAAGAUGACGAAGCCCAGCCCCCACACCACCGGCGCAGGUCCAGGAGCACAGCCGCAGGGCAGAGCCCCGCAGCUGGGGGUGACCCCAGCAAAGAAACUCGGCUCAGCCAUGAGCUUGAAACAGCCGCCUUCAGUGUCCUCCGUUUGUCCCCAUAAAGCUGCCCAGGCACCGAAGGAUAGGAAAGCAGUUUCAGUUGCCAAAAGGCCGCCCAUGGACAAGAGUGCGCGCCCGAAGCCGGCCACCAGCUCCUCCAGGUCUCCUGGCCGCACCCCUCUGUCCAUCGUGACUGUUCCUCAAGCUUCUGCCGAAGUGCACUCUGCCUCGAAGUCUGCGCAGCCGGCCACGAAGGGCCAGCCCGCGGCCACGGCGCCCAGGAAGCCGCCCGCGUCCCGGGGAGCAGACGGCGGCGGAGAGAAGAAGCCUGCCGCGAAGAAGAAGGAAGACGGGGACCACUACUUCGUUAUGACUGGGAGCAAAAAGCCUAGAAAAUGAAUGCGUAGGAGUCAAUUUAAGACGCGAGGGGGAAGGAGCAGGCCGUGCCAGCCUCGCGUGUUCAAAGUUGGGCCUGCUCCUGUUUGUUCACAUGGGCGCGCCCCUGCCCUGCGGGAGGAGAGGGGCGUGGGGUUCCCCCCUGCGGGAGGAGAGGGGCGUGGGGUUCCCUCCUGCAGGCUGCGCUCGGGGCGGCUCUCCAGAGCUUGUCUGUCAAUAUCUGCCCUUUGAGGGAACGGCCAAACUCAACACUACUGGAAUCCUAAUUAUACUUGUUAUAUUUUGAAUAGGUAUUAAGUAUGGAGGCUAUCUACCUGCUAAUACUAACAGCGGUGCUCUUCAUAGUAGUUGCAUUUUAGUUAAAAAAAAAAAAAAAAAAAGAAGCAAUGGUUUGACGCUUGUCCUACGGAAGGGAACUAAUUUCAUUUCCCGAUCAGGGUUGCCUGGGCCAGCAGUGCUGUGCCCCGGUGCCUGCUGCUUAUUAAGUCUUUAGAUUUUCCAAAUCAGGAAGAACCGAUUUUUUUAAAACCUGGCUUGUAUUAUUAAUGACAAUAUUUUGUUACCUAGAUGUUUGGUAACAGAUUAAUUAAUUUAUAGAAAUAUAAGCUGAAAUUUAACAAAAAAUAAAGUUUUCACAUAUUAUCUGUAAAAAUUUAGACACUUUACACUUUUAGAUGGAUUUUGUGCAAUGUCAUAGGGAAAACUCAGCUUUUUGAAAAAUACAGUAUUUUAGUUAAUUUUCUAUGAAAGCAGAUAGGAACUUUUACAUUAAAACUUUUAAUAUCAGAAUCAUGUUUAAGCAAUCUUAAAAUUAAGAUAUAAAAGGAUCUUAAAGUGAUACUGUAUAAAAAUUAUAUUCUAUCAUUUUUUGAAUCAUGGAAUACCAAUUUUAAUUAGAUACUUUCAGUAUUGUUAAUUUCAGAAUUUUAGCUGAUUUCUUUAAUAAAGUCAUGUGGCCUUUGUUUUCCCAGGGCUGGUAAAUGGCCCUUGUAUACCUUGGCCCUGUGGGGGAUUCCCACAAAACACAUCCGGGUCCUAUAAGAGCCACAUAGACUCCACCCACCGAAAAGGAUACUUGUAAAUAGUUUAUUUAAAGUACUUGGGUUAUUUAAAUAUAUUAUUAAUGUACUUUGACAAGUUUAAGGGUGUCUUGAAUAACUUCACAGUGUUAUCUCUUAUCACAAGUUGCAUAUUUAAUAUUGAGAUUUGUUUUUGUUUAAACUCAAAUGUGUUUUCUAAAGGAGGAUAAUGGUUUACACAGAUGUACAAAGAACAUCUUAAGCUAGCUACUAAUGUUCAGUUAAAAUGAAACAUUCAUUAGUUUUGGUGUAAUUAAUGCAUCUCUUAAAUCGGACAGUCAUCAGAUACUUUGUUUAGUUGCUGUAUUGUUUUGGAUACUGAGAGAAUAGUUACAUUUUUCAGGAAGUAAAGUCAAUGUUCAGGAGGUAAGUAGGAGCUUUCUUUUUUUUAGUAAUCAGAAUUAUUUUAUGCGCCUUUUAAGAAGGAAGAAUUUUACCUUCAUGGGGCUUAUUCUAAGAUCAAGGAACAGUUCUAUAUUAGUAUUUUUUUAGAACUUAGAGGAAAAGAAAAUGAUAUUGCAGCCGGCCUGUGGGUUCAAGUAGGUUUUAUAAUAUGUAGAGACGAAUUUUUGUGCUGCAAGGAGGCAGAAAUAGGUACUCAUAGAUACUAGCAUGAAUUCCAGAGUUGAUCAGCAAAUUGCUUAUUUGAAAAGUUAGAAAUCAACUUACAAAUCUAUUCUUUAAGAAGACUGAACUUCUCUAGUUAUAUUCAUGUUGGAUGAAUGUUUAUAUAUAGCUUACUUUUAUAACUUACUUUAUACAGGUUUUAUAUGACUAAACAAUACCUAAAAGACAAUUUCUUCAAACAUAUUUUGACAUCCUCCUAAAGGGCUAGUACUCUUAAUCAUUUUCAUAGUGGUGUUUAUUUCUUUGCAGAUCCGAGGAUUGAACUCGGGACCCUGCUCUUGCCAGGCAGGUGCUUAGUCCACUGAGCUAUCUCCCUGACCCUCACUUUCACAGUUUUUAAAACAGAUUUUACAUUUUGAAGUUGAAGUGGAAUUUCACAAUAGUACAGAUUUUAUAAGUUUUAUUUAUGUUUAAUAAAACAGAUAUUAAGUUACUUAAGUACCUGGAAGAAAAAAAUAACGUAUCUUUUCUUAACAAUGGAGCUUUUAUUUAUUAUUUGUGCUAUAAUUUGCUAAUGCAACUAACAUGUAGGCCUUCAGAGGAAAAGGCAACACUGAUAGUUUUUAUUCUGUUCAGGCUUCCGGCAGAGUUUCAAGGCUUAAGUCUUCAAAAUAGCUGGAUGAAUUGAAUGCCUUUGAACUUUCCUCUCCAUACCAAGCUUCUUAAUAGCAAAGGAAUUUGUAAAGGAAAAAAUACUGUUUCUUCUCUAGCCUCUUCUGUUCUGCUUUAAAAUCUGUCAUUUUUAGAAAGCCUUCGACAGCAGGUUCUUAGGACGCGUUCUUACAUGCUGGAUCCAGACCGACUCUACUUGAACCACGUCUAUGUGUGAUCCUGUAUUGUGCCAGCAAUAUUUGU